AUGAUGAAGUUUGUGAGGUUUAUGAUGAGAAAUGCUGCGAUGUUAAAUGUGCCGAAGCACAUUGAUCACUACGCCAAGUUUUCUCCAUCGCCUUUGUCGAUGAAGCAAUUUCUGGAUUUCGGAUCCACCAACGCGUGCGAGAAAACAUCCUUUGCAUUUCUCAGACAAGAGCUCCCGGUGAGACUGUGCAACAGUCUGAAAGAAAUCAACCUGUUACCAGAUCGUUUGAUCAUGACUCCAUCCGUUCAGCUGGUUCAUAGCUGGUUUGCCCAAAGCCUGAUGGAGGUCCUUGAAUUCCAAGACCAAAACCCAGAUGACCCGAGUGUGCUGGAAGAAUUCAUGGAAGCUCUAGUGACCCUAAGGAACCGCCACAACGACGUGGUGCCCACCAUGGCCCAGGGUGUCAUCGAGUAUAGGGAUGCGUUUGGCGCCGACUCUGUCACAAGCCAGAACAUCCAAUACUUUCUGGACCGCUUCUACAUGAACCGAAUCUCCAUUCGCAUGCUCAUUAACCAGCACACUCUGAUCUUUGAUGGCACCACCAAGCCGGCACACCCCAGCAGCAUCGGGUGCAUUGACUCCUGCUGUGACGUCACAGAAGUAAUCAGAGAUGCUUACGAAUGUGCUAAAAUGCUCUGUGAGCAGUACUAUCUCGGAUCCCCGGACCUGGAGCUUAGAGAGAUAAAUGCAAAGAACAAGUUCCAGCCAAUCCAAAUAUCCUACGUUCCUUCUCAUCUCUACCACAUGGUUUUUGAGCUCUUCAAGAAUGCAAUGAGAGCUACUAUUGAGAAUCACGAAGCGAGCAGCACGCUGCCGCCCAUCAAAGUCACGGUGGCCCUGGGACAAGAAGACCUGUCAAUCAAAAUCUGUGACAGAGGUGGUGGUGUUCCAUUCAAAAAGAUCGAACAACUUUUUAGCUACAUGUACUCUACAGCGCCCAGGCCGACUCUCAGCGACCAUCAAAGGACACCGAUGGCUGGCUUCGGUUACGGCCUUCCCAUCUCCCGCCUCUAUGCUCAGUACUUCCAAGGGGAUCUCCUGCUUUAUCCAAUGGAGGGAUACGGGACGGAUGCUGUAGUCCAACUGAAGGCACUGUCCACUGAUUCCAUCGAGAAGCUUCCGGUGUUUAAUAAAACUGCCCUGCGCCAUUACAAAUCAAACCUGGAAGCGGACGACUGGUGCGUGCCACGCAAAGAUCCGUUAAACUUCAAGAUCGCGAAGUGAACCACCUGUCUUGGUUGCAUGAAAAAAUAUGAUCAUGGCCUUCAAGAACACCAGAGCGCCAGGCCACCAGAGCGAAUGCUUGCAUUCCACGCAGGCUGCGGGACCAGCUACAGCAUCCUUUACUCUGAGUACUGUUGUGUGGGAACAUUUAAUCGGGACACAGACGAGACGUGUUGCCAGAAAUGAAGAUGCAAAUGAGUAGAGUAGAGUCCUUAGUAUAGAAGCACUGUGGAGCUGAUAAAGUUGGUGGUUUUCGGAAUAGCGCAGGAAGGAAGAGCCUUUCUACAGGAAUGAGAUGCACGUGAUCCUGCUUGAAGAGGAGAUAAAAGUUGCAUGUGAAAGACCAAUAAAGUAGAGUACUGUGAGUGUUUGUCGACCAGGGAGUAAAUAAGCGGAAAUCUGGAAGAAAUAUAUGCGAAGUUAGAAAAAUAUUAGCCCUAGAAAGGGAGACUGUUGCCAAAGAUGUUUUUCCUCUUUCUAAAGAGGCUGGACGUUGUUUUUCAACCAUACUUGAAGUGUUUAUGCCAGUAUUUUUCAAUGUUUAAUUGGAUUUUAAUUUGACCACAAUCUAUCUGCACUAUGUACUGUAUGGCCUAAUUUCUAAAAUGACCCUUUGUUGUGUGAGUUUUUAUGUAUGUACUGCAUAUAAACAAAAUAAAUCUGAGAAAUGU